AUGGGCUGGCUAGGCGGCGAAGCAGUCAUUCCGCGUCUGCUACACACAUACAUGACUCCUAUAAUCCUUUUUGCCAACCGCAGUGGCGGCUUGGAGGCGAAGGACUUGCCAUAUCUGCACGCAGAGCUACGCGCUAUCACGCUCUUCGGCGACAUGCGCGCUUCCUGGCGACACAUGCGGAGCAAAGUGCAUAAGCCUACACCGGCGACGCUGCUCCGGGCUGUGCUGAACACGAUGCGAAGCGAAAUCACAAUUUUGCUCUCGAUCUCGUGGCUCAGUGCGAUGCUUUUCUACGCUCCUGCAUUUUGCAUCAACCGCUUCGUCAGCGUUUUUGAGCAGGGGGAGGCCAACGGCGUGCGCGACGUACGCACAGGUGUCGUCUGGGCCCUCGCCAUGUUCGCAACUAGCUUAACUCAGAACGUCCUCAUGGGCAUCCUCAUGAUGGUCUGCAAUAGUGGGCUCAGGUCGAAGAUCAAGCAACAAAUGACAUCGCUGCUGUUCGAGAAGGCACUCAGGAGGCAAGAGAUAUCUGAUAGCAGCGCAAAUGGCUCCUCGCCCAGCGCCACUGUGGCUGAGGUCGAAAACGGUGGCAACGACAACAACAAUAAGAAAGAUGGAAAGAAAGAGAAGAAGGGUGAGGAGGAUGAAGAAGAAGAGGAGGGCGCCAAAAGGUUUGCAUCCAAAGCUGCCGUCAUGACGCUUGCAUCCAACGACACGGAUCGGAUCGCCAACUUGUCCUUUUACCUCUUCACCAUGUGCGUCGCGCCCAUCGAGAUCAUCGUGGGCUUCAGCUUUGUCUUUUUCCUGCUCGGAUGGGGUGCUGCUGUUGGUCUGGUCUCAUGUCUACUGCUUGUUCCUGUCAUCCAUCUCCUCGCCAAACUCGAUUCUAAGUUCCAGGAUCGACUGAUGAAAACGCGUGAUCAGCGCGUCACUUUCCUCAACGAGGCGAUUGAAGCUAUUCGCAUGAUCAAAUUCUCCGCCUGGGAGACGAAAGUGAUGGACCGCAUUAUGAUCUCCCGUCGGAAGGAGCUGAAGGAGUUGCACAAAGUAUUCCUGUGCGAAGUAGGCAACGAGACCGUCAUGUCCUUCUCACCUAUUCUCGUCAUCAUCAUCGCAUUCUUCUGGUCUAUCCUUGUCGACGGACGCAAGCUCACGCCUUCCAAAGCUUUCACCGCCGUUGCAGCAUUGAACGAGCUGAGGUUCGCGUUGAUCGAAUUGCCGUCGUUGAUCGAGUCUCUCGUUGAGCUCUGGGUUUCACUACGUCGUAUCGUGGCAUUCUUGGAGCUUCCUGAGGUCGAGCUUCCACACGGGGAGGCAGCUGAACCGAUCAAAGAAAUCAGGUUCGAGAAUGCGACCGUCACUUGGCCGGUGCACCCGCCAGAGAGUGGCACACAGCCAGCUGCAGCUCCUGUCACUGACCCUUUUAAGCUGAAAGGGGUCACUACCACCUUCGAAUACGGGAAGAUAAAUCUCAUUUGCGGAAAAGUGGGCUCCGGAAAGAGCAUGAUGCUGCUCGGUCUACUCGGCGAAUUGACACUCGAUGAAGGCAUCAUUGUUGGUCCACGAUCGCAUCCCAAUGCCCUUGGCGGCCCUCUGACUGCACCUGACUUCAUCAAGCCGGAUGAGUGGAUCCGCUCGGACUUGGUGGCAUAUAUUCCGCAAACCGCUUGGCUUGUCAAUGCUAGCUUGCGAGACAACAUUACGUGGGGCUUGCCCAUGGAUGAAAACCGGUACCGCGAAACGCUGCGCGUAUGUGCUCUCCUGCCUGAUCUUGCGAUCCUCGAAGACGGCGACUUGACUGACAUUGGUGAACAGGGCAUUGGUCUGUCGGGAGGACAAAAAACGAGGGUCUGCUUGGCUCGAUGCGUUUACUCUCGAGCCAGCGUACUACUCCUUGACUCUCCUUUGUCAAACGUCGAUGCGCAUACAGCCAGCCAUAUCCACGAAGAACUCUUGAAAGGUCCGCUCUUGGCCAACAGAACGACUAUCUUGGUCUCGCACCAGGUUGCUAUGCUCGCGCCCAGCGCUGCAAAGGUGCUGCUGCUGGAGAAUGGUGAAGUUCGAUACGAUGGCGAUGCAAAAGCCUUUCUUGGUUCAGGUCAUUACGCGGGCCUAUUGGAAGACUUGGAAGAGGAGGCUGAAACGACCGAGCUGCCUGCUCCAGCACAAGCCAAUGAAACCAUCUCUUUGCCUUCCUCCGGAGCCGCGACUCCCACAACUGGUGCUACAUCGGCUGCUACGACCCCCACGACAAGCAAGGCUCCCAGCAUCAACAAAGUCGAUCGCGACGAUCCCAAAGAAGCUGGAGUUCUCAAGCAGACGCGCAAAGUUAUGAGUGAGGAGAGCAAGCAGCGGGGCGCGGUAUCGUGGAAGACGUACAGGUCUUGGAUCGAAGCAGCAGGCGGGUGGCGAUACUUUACUCCAGUACUCGUCCUCUUUUUCAUCUUUGCGGGCUGGGAUGUCGUUGCCAGUCUCUGGCUGAAGGAUCUCAGCGCCGAUGCAAAUCGAGCUUCGCCAACGCGCACGCCCCUCUACUGGUUGACGGGAUACGCGAUACUCCUGUCUAUGACCAGCGUCAUCAAAGCAUUCACGUACUUGACGCUCUACAUGGUCUCACUUGGCGCCUCGAAGCGCUUGUUCCAAACAAUGCUUGUUUCGUGCUUCCGGGCCAAAUUGCGCAUUCAUGACACUAUCCCUAAAGGGCGCUUCCUGAAUCGCUUUUCAUCCGACAUGGAAAAUAACGACCAAUCGCUGCCGACAUUCUUUGCUGCUUUAGUCAGCUGCUUCCUUAGCUUUGUAUUUGGCAUCGUAGCCGUCGUGAUUUCCGGCGGUGCCAACUUGAUUGUGAUUCUAUUUUUCUUGGGACCUUUCAUCUACUAUACUGGCUCUUUGUACCGGACAACUACAAGAGAUGUGCGGCGUCUCGAGGCAAUCUCAAGAUCUCCCAUCACGACUUGCUUCUCUGACCUGCUGUCCGGCGCGGUUGUUGUGCGUGCGUUUGGCUCGUCAGGUCGCAUGAUGGCGGACCUUCUUUCGAAAUCCGACAACAGCACCCGAUUCACAUGGCUGCUUUCACAAACAACCCGCUGGAUGAUUUGCUUGUACCAACUGAGCUCUGCGCUCCUUGUGCUUGCCGGCAGUCUGGCACUGCUUUUCAACCCAAACACGAACAGCGCUGGCGCUGGCUUUGCAACCUCAUUUCUCGUUACGACGGACUUCUUACUAGCCAUGGCACUGCUUUGCACCUCCAAUUUCGAGCAGAAAGCUGUUUCGACAGAGCGCAUUAUUGAGUAUCAAGAACUGCCUCAAGAGCCUCCUACUCACCUACCGCCUGGGCCUCCUCCAUCGUGGCCGAGCGAAGGAUCGGUUGAGAUUGAAGACUUGGAGAUCAAGUAUGCACCGGAGCUGCCUACCAUUUUGGAAGGAAUCUCGCUUGCGAUUCCAGGACGAGCAAAAGUCGGCAUCGUCGGCAAGACUGGGUGUGGUAAAUCGACACUGGCGUCGUGCUUCUUUAGAUUCGUCGAGCCCGUUUCUGGUCGCAUCAAGAUCGACGGGGUAGACAUUUCCACACUAGGACUCGAAGAGCUGCGAUCACGUAUCACGAUUGUCCCGCAAGAUCCUGUCAUUCUCAGCGGGAAGCUACGAGAAGCGGUGGACCCAUUCUAUGACUACUCUGAUGAUGAUGUGAAGGCUGCGCUACAAAAAGUGCAUCUCGUGCCAACGGAUGAGAUCGCAGCAGCUUCCAGUCCAUUCUCAGAUCUCUCCUAUGCUAUUUCGGAAGGUGGAUCCAACCUCAGCGGUGGCGAACGACAGUUGAUUUGUUUGGCGCGCGCACUGCUGGGAUCGUGCAAGCUAGUUUUCUUCGACGAGGCGUCUUCGGCCUUGGAUGCAGAGACUGACGCUGCGAUUGCCGAAACCAUCCGAAAAGCUUUCAUCAAUUCGACGGUUCUGACUAUUGCACAUCGCUUGCGGACGAUAGCAGACUUUGACUACAUCCUUGUCAUGGACAAAGGUCAGGUUCUGGAGUUUGACAAACCCAUCCGGCUGAUUGAUGAUCACAAUAGCCGCUAUCAUAAGCUCUGCAAGGCAGCAGGCAAGGCAGAGUUCCGAGAACUUCGCGAGAUGGCUCUCCGGGCUUCGUCACGAUUAUAG